GUCGCAGAUUCACUCAUGGCUUCCAUUUAAAGCUUUGCUGCAUUUUACUAGAUUUUCUAAAGUCUUUCCGCGGAUUCCUUCCCCCGUUCUCCUCCGAUAGAUUUCAAUUCUCUGGAACAAACUGGGGAAAAAAAGGAGUAGUCCUUUCAAGAUCAAUUCAUUUGUCAAUUGAGAAAAGGAAAAAACUCCCUCCGUCAUCCUUGUUCAUCACUGCCCAACGUGACCUCCGAAUCGGGUUAGUUUCCUGGCGAUAGUCUUCGACGUCACCAAAGGUUGCAGUUCAAUAUCUUUAAUCCACUUCUUACUUGGAUCUAAGGGGGAGAUAGACCUGAAAAGAGAGGUUCAACCAGAAAGAAAUCGUCCAAGUAUCUUCCACCGUUCCUUGGGUCAACUCACCCUGUUUUGGUCACUGCGUUGCAGUUCCUUCCCCCUCGUGCUUUAUCGCCCUUCCGUCGCAUCCCGUUGCGCCCACGUCACUCGUGCGCAAAAGCAACCCUUCAAAGAAACCCCUUCGUCCAUUUUCAGUCGAACUCCCGUGAACUCUUUUACUUUUCCUUCUUCUUUUACCCUUUCCCAUUCACUUGUAUCACCGUUCGCCUGCGUCUAGCUUCCUAUACAGACCGUGGCCAUGCAUCGCACCUAUUCUAUGCGCCAAUCGCGCAUGCCGACCGCAUCGCAGAUUGAGAACCCGCCUCCACCGCUGUCCACAACCAAGACGAAUAGAUGGAUUGGGAAGGGUGGCUUUGGUCAUGCCUUCCGUAAGAAUGCUGCCGGGGCAUUUGGUCCUGACCUUGCAAGGAAACUCUCCCAACUCGUGAAGAUGGAAAAGAAUGUCAUGCGCAGCAUGGAGAUGGUCGCCAAGGAGCGUAUGGAGACUGCUCAACAACUUUCCAUCUGGGGCGAAAACUGUGACGAAGACGUGUCCGACAUUACGGACAAGAUCGGUGUAUUGCUCUACGAGAUCGGAGAGUUGGAAGACCUCUACGUCGAUCGUUAUGACCAGUACCGUGUCACCAUCAAGAGCAUCCGUAACAUCGAGGCUUCCGUUCAGCCCAGCCGAGACCGCAAGCAGAAGAUCACUGAUGAAAUCGCCAAGCUCAAGUACAAGGACCCAAACUCUCCUCGGAUCGUUGUUCUCGAGCAAGAGCUGGUUCGCGCAGAGGCCGAGUCUCUUGUGGCUGAAGCUCAGCUUUCCAAUAUCACCCGCGAGAAGCUCAAGGCAGCCUUCCAGUACCAGUUCGAUGCGCUCCGUGAACACUGUGAGAAGGUGGCCAUCAUCGCCGGCUACGGCAAGCAUCUCCUGGAUCUGGUCGACGAUACUCCUGUUACUCCCGGUGAAACUCGCGCCUCAUACGAUGGAUACGAUGCUAGCAAGGCUAUCAUCCAGGAUUGCGAAGAGGCCCUCGCUAAUUGGGUUACCUCCAAGGCUGCCGUCAAGUCCGAUGUGUCGCAGCGCACCCGCACCCUUUCUCAACGGCGCCGCGAGGCGAUCGGCAAGAACCGCGAUGGGGUCGACCUUUCUACCCAGGACCAGCCCAUGCGGGGCGAUCGGGACUCGUGGGUCCCUGCCGACCAGCACCCAACCUAUGUUGAAGAUGGCGAGGAAGUCGCUAGCACCUUGGAUGGGGAGGCUCGGGGUCGAGAAGAAGACCGCGAGCCCGUCUCCGUCUCCGUCUAAGUGAGACUGAUAUGGCCACGAACAUCGACAUUGGUAUAUGAUAGUGUUGAUGGCAGUGUUGAUGGCUGUUUGCCGAGUCCUCGUCUUUCAUCCUUGUGAUACUCCGGAUUGAAGUCCCGCUUGAUGUGAUGGUCUCGUUUUGCCGUGAUUUCAUAUCUCUUCAUGUUACCACCCUCGUGCGCUACCCACUACUCUUAAUGCUAGGCCUCCCCUCAAUGAUAUCUUGCCGGCCAAAAUACUGUAUCCUGAUGUCCAUUCUAGCCGUUGUAUUUCUAAGAGUCCCCCUGAUGAUGUCAUGACCUUGUUAUUUUUCAUGGAUGAAAAAAAUGAGUUAUUAUACUAACCAAAACGCAAAGACGGAAAAUGAACACCAGAAGGAGGGGGCAGGCUUUGGAAUGACCAGAGAAUCUGUGAUAUCAAAUGGGCAAGAUUGUUGGAGAGGGGAGGGUUAUUUGUCUAAUUGAAUAAUGUAAUACCAUACUAUCUACCUGAGUAUAUUUUUUAGUGAUUUUGGCUUUGG